GAGAACGCCCGCUCCCACAGAAACAUGGACCGUGUUUGGAAAAGAAUACAGCGUGUGGGGAAGCGUGCCUCCAAAUUCCAGUUCGUGGCCUCCUACCAGGAGCUGGUGGUGGAAUGCACUGAGAAAUGGCAACCAGACAAACUGGCGGUGGUCUGGACUCGCAGAAGUCGGCGGGCGUCCUCCAGGUCCCACAGCUGGUCGCCCGGCGUCCAGAAUCCCCGCAGAGGAGUGGUGGCGUGGCCCGUCCCGGAGAACAUUUCGAUCACGGUCACUCUCUGCAAGAGCCCGCGUGCGGAGGAGCUUGAAGACAAAGAGUGGACAUUUGUCAUUGAAAAUGAGUCUCCUUCAGGGAAGAGGGAGGCCCUGGCCAGCGGCAGUAUGAACAUGAAGCAGUACGCCCGCCCCGUGCCCACACAGACCGAUGUCAGACUCACAUUGAGGCCGCUGACGAAUCAGGUCGUGUCGGCCACGCUGCAGCUCUCCCUCUCCUGUAUCUUCCUCCGCCAGGGGACGGCGACGGAUGCGGACAUGCAGAGCCUGGCGAACCUGUUGAGCACGAAACAGGCAGACGUCGGCAACUUGGACGACUCUGAGGAGGAGAACGGGGUUCACCGGGAAGAGACGGCUGCGAAGAUCGCAGAUCAGAAAUCGCCGCCUGUCAUGAGCAUGAAUCCCUUCGACGAGGAUGACGAGCUUUACCCGGACCUCCUCAACCCAUUUGGAGAUUCCUAUGAGGAGGAGCCUCCGGCCCAGUCGGUGCUACAGUAGAGAGUCGAUGACGAUCCCCUCCAAGACUCGUGAAUCCUCAAAUCUGUUCAAUGAGCCAGACGAACCGGAACCACGCACUUCCCCAGGACACCCCCCUUUGAGGAGCCCCCAUCCAGACCCAGAACCUCCAGAGCCCAGAGGUACGGCCUGUUGAAAUGAGUGAGAGCUUGUGCGUUGACACGUCUCGCGACGAGGAGGAGGAAGAGCUCGACCAGGGCAGCAGCCAGGAGAGGAUGGCAACCGCCCCCCUGGUCCCGUGGCCCAAGUCGGUAUACCAUAUCCCAAACCAAGCUCUGGUCCAGACAGAGAUGGACCUGGGCUCAAUGGUCCAUCCCCGGGGGGCGCCGGCGAUGCGGAGUUGUGACAACAGAGCAAAAAAAUGAGAUAAAUAUUAAAGAAAAUUAUGAAAAGGU